AUCUAGGAAGUAGAGAAUUUGCUACGUCAUCUUCAUAUCGAUUCCGGCCUAGUGGUGGGAAGCAGGGGUUGAACCAGCCCUGUACAUUGUUGUGCACCCAAGAGAGAACCACGAGUGAGUGCAGCGUAGCUUCCAUAGUAUUCGACGUAUUCCGGUACGAUUACGACCAUUCCACCAUGAAUUGAACGGUCUGAGCAAGCGUAAGGCCAAAGCACGCGGUGAGUGGUGGCGCGCCGAAACUCCUGGCGCUCCGUCACUUCAGCCACUCGCGUUCAGGAAACAGGAUUGUGCACAUCGUCCUCGCGCCUUGCGCUUUGCCGAAAGCGCCGGUUAAAUUACAAGUGUACGGUGAUUUUUGGAAUAUACUGACAACACUACCCUGCUGAUCACAAUGGAGGACGAAAAGAAAGACGAGAAAAAGGGCGAAGGUGAUGAAAUCGCCCUCAAACCCAAGAUGAGUCUACUGAAUGGCAUCACCGUCAUUGUUGGCAGCAUCAUUGGUUCGGGAAUUUUUGUUUCGCCGGCCGGUGUACUCCUACACACUGGCAGCGUUAACUUAUCACUGAUUGUGUGGACUAUUUCCGGUGUAUUUUCUAUGGUCGGUGCUUAUUGCUAUGCCGAACUGGGGACGAUGAUCCGGAAAAGUGGAGCGGAUUACGCCUACAUCAUGGAGACGUUCGGACCAUUUUGGGCUUUCGUGCGACUAUGGAUCGAGUGCAUGAUUGUCCGACCGUGCUCGCAGGCGAUUGUCGCGCUCACUUUCAGCGUGUACGUGAUGAAACCAUUCUUUCCGGAAUGCCAGCCGCCCGACGACGCUGCCCGUCUGCUAGCGGCCUGUUGCAUUCUUAUUUUGACCGUCAUUAACUGUUAUGACGUCAAAUGGGCAACGCGGGUGCAGGAUGUCUUCACUUAUGCAAAACUAUUGGCGUUGUUUGUCAUUAUCGGUUCUGGUGCAUACCAAUUGAUCAACGGUCAUACCGAGCAUUUCACUUUCAUGAAUACAAACACCCAGGUGACAUCAAUUGCACUUUCGUUUUAUUCUGGUUUAUUCGCUUACAAUGGCUGGAAUUAUCUGAAUUUCAUCAUUGAGGAAUUGAAAGACCCAGUCAGAAAUCUUCCGUUGGCUAUUGCUAUCUCUUGUACCCUGGUGACAAUCGUGUAUGUCUUCACGAAUGUGGCGUUCUAUACGACACUGUCACCAGCGGAAGUCUUGGGUUCUGAGGCCGUUGCCGUAUCGUUUGCGAAUAAGUUAUUCGGCCCACUGGCAUGGACAAUCCCUGUCUUUGUUGCGUUAUCGACGUUCGGCGCUGUCAACGGAAUCCUGCUAACUUCAUCGCGCCUCUUUUACGCGGGUGCCCUGCACGGCCAGAUGCCGGAAUUGCUGACUAUGAUUCAAUCGAAGCGCUUAACUCCAACCCCUGCUGUUAUUGCUAUGGCAAUACUGUCAAUGCUGUAUCUGACAUCCAGCAAUAUAUUCGCGUUGAUAAACUAUGUAGGAUUUGCAACUUGGUUGAGUAUUGGAGCUUCUGUUCUUUGCUUGCCUUGGUUGCGCUGGAAGCAACCGAAUUUGGAACGACCCAUCAAAGUGAACUUAAUCUGGCCGAUUCUCUACCUCCUAGCCACCGUCUUCGUGACCGCAGUGCCCAUGAUUGCCAGUCCGGUGGAAACUGGCAUUGGUUUAUUAAUGAUACUCACCUCGGUACCGGUCUAUUUGGUUUGUUGCAUGUGGAAGCAAAAGCCGAGAUGGUUUGUCGCCUGCACUCUGUGCAUCACGUCAGCGAUGCAAAAAGUAUUUGUCGUCGUCGGAAAGGCGAAGACAGCGCAACUAUAAAACUGAAAUUUCAUCACGCUGACCAACAUAUCCUUCGAGUUCAUCGACAGGCUUAAGUAAUUUAUUUUCAUUCCAUUCAAGUUUUUUUCGAUAUUCUGUUGACUUGCGACUCGCACAUGAUGAGCCAUAAGAUAUGUGCGGUUGCAUUGAUUCGCAUGUUCACAACAUUCCAUUUUUACCAGCUGUUGACUUGGUUUAUCUGCGUUACUGUUGGAUACUCAAUGAUGGUUGUAGUUGAGUUGAGAGUCUUUUGUAUGAAAUGAAAGUGCUGAGUGCAGAUCAAUGCAAACUUUGACUUCUUCUGACAAUAAUGUAAUAGAUUUGAAACAAAGUGUGUUUUGCAUUGCACGGGUUGUAAAAACACAAAUUCUCUAUUAUGUGAUGGCUGCGCAUGAUAGGGAAUUUUAUAUGAACAUUUAAAUGAACAUAUACACAUUCUGAGCAAGGAAAUUUUAAAUUUCUAUAUGAAUAUUUUUUAUAUGAGUAGUGUUUAUGACGAACUUACACGAAGAAUAACAAUGUAUAAUUAAUUUAUACAAAAGACUACACAGACUUAUUUUAAUUGUAAUAAAGCUUAGAUAACUUGUCAGUUAUCAAUUGUUGCGUUGUUGAUGCAAGCAAUCCAAUUGACUAAUGUGGAUAAGAGACAUCGACAAUAAUAUAUCAAGUGUGUAAGCCUCAAAUUGUACAUGUAUACUUUAACUUAGAACAAUGAAGCAUAUACAAUAAGAA